GGAAAAAAAAACAGAGAUUGGGAUUAAAUUUUUUGUUUUUGGCAUCUCUCGGAAACAAAAAUGAAAAAAUUUCCAGGGUUUCUGACCUCAAUUUGUAUUUAAAUUUAAAUAUUUAUUUAUUUCUUUGGUCUCUCUUCCCCACUGAACAUUGCUUCUGCAGGGAGGGAAAACCAUAUCAAUAGGUUGUGUGGAAAGCAAGGAAAGUUUAUUUGACUUAUACUGAACAUGAGUGAAGCAAAUCAAGGGAAUCAUCCUGAUGAAUCAGCACUUGUUCCCGUGAAGCGCAAGCGUGGUCGUCCACGUAAGUAUCCAAGGCUAGAUCUUGGUCAUGGGGUGGAUGUUCGUGCUGCAAGGGGCCAGAAUCCAAAUCAUGGGGGAAGCUCUUAUGUUCCGCCUGGAUUUGUAACGGUCAAUGGAAAUCAACCCCGCCAAGUAGAUCCAGUUAAUGAUGCAAGUGAUAUCAUGGUGGGUCAAGUAGUUCAUGGUGUCAUCGAGGCAGCAUUUGAUGCUGGAUAUUUACUCACUGUUAGGGUUGGCAACUCAGAAACCACUUUGAGGGGUGUUGUUUUUAAGCCUGGACGAUGUGUUCCUGUUUCCACAGACAAUGAUGUUGCCCCAGGCAUCCAAAUGAUCAGAAGAAAUGAGAUUCCCAUCCCAAGAGAAAAUUAUGCUCAGGUCCCUAGCCAUAAUCCCCGGUCUAGGGAGAGAAAUGGUACUUUUCAUACAGCUCAAGCUGCUAAUCCGGUAGCCUCCAAAGGCAAACAAGUGCCUUCAAUGGCAAGUCAUGCUUCUUCUCCUGGGAACUCAAGAGGCAAUGUGGUGCCUGUUGUACUCCAUCCUGUUGAUUUAUCAAAUGGGACUUCUGGCGAAUUGUCUUCAGUUGCAACCCAACCUGCUGAUGCAGUGGCUUUUAAGGGCAAAAGGGUGCUAGAUGCUGCUCAUCCAUCAAAUGGAUCAACAUCCACAAACCAAGUGGGGGCAGUUGAAGCCCAGUUGCUUCACUUUCAAUCUCAAAAUAACCACCAGUUAAUGCCUUCAGGUUUACAGAAGGAAGCUGGUGUUAAUCAAAAUUUAUUGGAUGCCCAGCAAGAGGCUGAAGCCAAAUCAAUGAAAUUGCCUGGUAUGCCUUUUGAGAAGUUGUUAACGGAAGUUAUCAAGAGAACACAAGUCCCUUCACUGUCAACAAAGACUGAUAAUGGCUCGGCUGUUAAUUUGUCUGCUAAAGAUUCUAGGCGUGCUGCAGAGGAUGAUGUUGAUGGCACAGGUCAGCCGCUUUACAUUGAGCCCCUUCAAUCUGUACAGCCUGUUCUGCAUAAUCACCCUGCAGUCGUGUCAAGACCUUUGGAAAAUUAUAGAACUGGCAGGAUGACUGAGCUAUUGCAGAAGGUUUUGCAGGAAAACAUGACAGAGAACCAGGCAACUAACGUGCAAGAUGAAAUUACAGAUGCCAGACUGAAACUGAAUGAAGUGAGCAGCUCGGAAACCGAGCAUGGAGAUGAAGACAGUGAUCAUUCAAAGAAUCAUUCACGAGCAUCGAGUGUCUGAUGCAACAGAUGUUCCUUUGGGGAGUGAUAUUAUGGCUGCUGCUUACUGCCUAACAUGUAUCUUAGAAUAGGUAAAGGCCAAAGAAAAGUAUGUUUCAGCCUUCUUGGGCUUUAAUGCUUUCGAGUUCAAAGUUAGAUAAAAAAAAAACAAGGAAAAAAAAAGCCGCACUAGCUUCUUGUUUUUCAUUUAGUAAUUGUAAGUUAAAGUUACAGUUUGAAGGUUAGCAUGUUAAACAUUUAUACAACCCGUGUUCUGUUCAUGUUA